GAGCGUGUACACGCGCGAGCGAGAGAGCGAGGCGGCGGCGGGAAGUGUUUAUAUAUCUAUAAAACUCGCGGUAUACCGAGCUUUAUAAACGCAGAUACACCGUUUUUAAUCUUUUAAACUACAAAGCAAGCCGCUAUUCACGUUCAGAAGUGCAUCAUUUACCUCAGAAAUGGUAACAUAUCGAAUUGAGAAGUUUAACAAGUUGCCAUGACGUCCUCCUAGCGACCAAUGUCUUUCAGCGCCACCAUUCUGUUUACCCCGCCCCCUGCCAAUGGGGGCGUGGCCACAGCAGCCAGUAGCAGUGGGAGUGUCACCGCCUUGGAGACGGAACGCACGGCAACAGCCAUGCCCAUUACAGUGAGUGGCCGUGGCCUGGCACUGUCCAGCACAGAGGAACUUCUUCAUCUCAUAUAUCAAAAGGUGGACCAGGCCUGCUCCAGUGCGGACAGCGCUCUUGCCCUGGCCCGGCAGAACCACCAGAUCCUGUCAGAACUGAGAGGGAGCGUGGCCGCCCUGAGCAGAGGACAGGGGUCACCCGACAACACGCUGCUGGCCGGCACAGCCGAGCAAGGGGAGGAGGAGGAGCUGAGGCUGAAACAGGAAGUGAGGUCUCCGCCGCCAGAUAGGAGGAUGCCGUCUCCGAGGAGAAGUGGGCAGGGCUUUCCUGGAAGGGGCAGGGCAGCCGGGUCCACUGAGCAGCAAGCAGGCAGCGUGGGUCAGAUGGCCACAGAAGAAUUUCAGUUGGACAGGUUACUAAUUGCCCCCUCGCAGUGCUCAGUGUACCCUGAAGCCCCCCCCCAGACCUCCCACGCCAGCCCCCAGGUCACCUUCCAGCACUGCGGGCUGUCCAGCCACCCCAACGCCAUCCUGCACUCCAACAAAACCAGCUCUCAGACCAGCGUACACAACCACGCCCUGCUCGUCAGCAAUGGAGGGGCGGUUCAGAGUCCGAAUCUCAACGGGACGGCCGGUAAAAUCACUCUGCCCAGCAUGGACCGCUCCCUGCUAAUAGGCACCUCUGUGCCGAAAGUAAACCCCAACUCGAACCUCCUUGUCCACGCAAACCGGAGCGCCGGGCAGGGUCCGCAUGCCAGCCACCGCGUGAUGAAAACCGGCCUCAGAAACGUUGGCCUUUCUGCAGAGGCCCAGUUCAGGGGCAGGCCAGGGGGGGCUCUGGGGGGUCUGGAAGAAGUCCCCAAAAAUCCCCCCCACCCCUCGUACGUCCUGGACGGAAGGUGGCGUCUCGUAGGACGCGGGGCGAGCCCUCAGUCUGGCCACACCAACGCUGCCGGCGCUGUAGGGUCCACGGGCUCCGCCAGGAAGAGUCCCAGUUGUUCUGCUGUACUGGGAGGCACUGGGACCCCCUCUGCUGCGUCGGUGGUUGGGAGGGGGGCAGCCCAGCGGCCGGUGCCCGGACUGGGAGGACUGGGAGCCAGCCAACACUCCGCUGGGAGGAAGAGAAGGAAACGAGAUGUGGUGCUUUCUAAAUGGGUGCACGACAUUCACAACCACGACUCCAACACCAAGAGGUUCAACGGGUCAGAGAGCCUGCAUUCCUCAUGGAAUAUGUCAGUGGUGAAGUACCUGGUUGAGAAGCUCAGGGCUGCCCUUCACGGCAGCCCCCAGCGCUACAGUGACAAGGAGCUCAAAGGUCCGUGUGUGGCAUAUUUCCUGACUAAGAGACGCGAGUAUCGCAACGCUCUGAACCCGUACCAGAGCCUGAAGGAGCGCGAGGAGAAGAAACUGAGGAGCCGUCGAUACAGGCUCUUUGCCUAUCGCUCCUCGAUUGUCUCUCAGUUCCCUCUGUCCGACCAGAGGCUGUGGGAGGAGGAGGGCGUGACCGAGGAGCUGAUGUCAGACGAGGAGGACAGCCAAUCGGAGCCUGGCGUGUGGGUGGCCCGCUCCCCAAGGUUCCGCUCGCCCCGCCUCUCAGAACUCAUCCUACGAAUCAACAGCAGCUCCAAACCGGGCCUGAAGCAGCGACGCAAAUACGGACCAGAAUCGGACAGGCUGCCCUCCAGGGAGGGGCUGACAGGGAGGGGAGGGGAUGAGGGGGAGGGGGAGAGCUACUCGGAUAGGCUGCCCUCCAGGGAGGGGCUAACAGGGAGGGGAGGGGGCGAGGGGGAGAGCUUCUCCGACAGGCUGACCCUUACAGGGGGAGGCGACCAGGGUCCUGGGAUAAUCAUUAUAGGUGAAAACGGACAGUAUUGUGAAAAGACUGAGGUGAAGAGAGAGGGAGAGGAUUGAGAGGAGAGAAGGGAGGGAUACUGUUAACCUUUCGCGGUCCUGUGCUGGACCAGGUCUGACAUUACAAUUUUCCCUUUCCAGUCCGAUGUCUGGACCCUGUCCCACAUCAUCAAAAAGACGUCAA